UUCUUCUACGAGAAAACAAUUAUGACAAUGUAGAUUCUUCUAAUUAGAAUUCAUCAAUUUUAUUUUUUUUCUCCUCGAAGCACUUUCACUUGAAACUUGAAAUACAAACAAUAUAGAAACAUGCAAUAAUAAUCUGGUGUGUCAGAAUUGCCACUAUUGAAAUUCAAAAUUUUAGAUUCCGGGAAAAAUAACUAACAAAAAAUAAGGUUAGGUAAUCCUGAGCACGAACUGUAUGUUGUUAACCUAUACGAAUUAUUUAUUAUCCAGAGUUUAAAAUAGAAUAUUUUUAUUUUCGCAAUUAUCUCGUUGAAUAUGUUGAUCCUAAACGCGAUUCAUCGAAUAGGAGCAUUGGCGCGAACGAAUUUAACCCAUAAACUCAAUUCGACGAGAUCCAUUACUUCCUCGUUUCCGCGCUAUUCCAAUAGUACGGAAGAAGAAAUUGCGACUGAAGAGAAUUCGACUGCAGAUGAAGCUGCCAAGGUUCCACACAGACUAAAAGUUUCAGUGGAGACAAGCAUCAAAUAUAUGGAUAGUGAUGCUUAUAAACAGACUUAUGGUGAUAACCCAGUGUGGAAAUUAUAUAGAAGAAAUCACAAAGGGCAGCUGGCACCUAGAAAAACACGAAGAACUUGUAUAAGACAUGGUGUAAUAUCUACUGGAAAUCCCUGUCCUAUAUGUAGGGAUGAAUAUCUUGUACUAGAUCAAAAUGUCAAAUUGCUUGAACAAUUUAUCAACAAGUAUAAUGGAGAAACCCUAAGUUACUCGCAGACAGGUAUCUGCCAAAGGAAACACAAAGAACUCCUAGUUGCAUUAGUCAGGGCAAAGGAUUAUGGAACUAUUACAUUCGAUGUUCCUAUAAGACAAUACAAUUAUUCAGAGUGGAGAUCAGAAGAAAAAUAAUUGAUUGACAUACAUAUAUACAUGCUCUAUUAAAUAUGGAUAAAUUCGAAAAAUAUACAGGGAAAAAAUAGAAUCCACCUUUGUUAUAGUAGGAGGUGGUAUAGCUGGA